GUUUGUUGGCGGAAACUAUGCGGGUUCACAUCCCGACUUGAUCAGUUUGGAGAUGAGUUGUAAUGGAUGUUGAUAACGCCGUUUGAAAGUGCAGCGUGGGACUGCGGUGAAAAGAUGAGGCAGUCGGUAACAUCGCGGUUGCCGGUGUAACGAGGCGGUUCGGCUCGCUUUAUGCGGUGAAUAUUUACCGGCGAGGGUUCCAGCUGGCUGGCCGGUGUUCCUCCCAGCGGCGGGAGCGGAGCAGUUGUUCAGCUUGGAGCCGCUGAACAAAGAGCUUUUCUUCCCCGGACCAUUGUUACCGUGCAGGGCGCCUGAAACUGAUUCCGAACUGGUUUCGGACGGUUAAAGUUUGGGGCUGCCUGUGCUCCAGUCAUGACCUCUGGGAAUGGGAGCACUAACAGCAGCCAGCAUAAUGGAGACAGCAAAGCAGCUCAGCAGGCCAUAGACAAGUCCCAGAUCCUGACACACCUGAUUGAAGGCUUUGUCAUCCAGGAAGGUGCCGAGCCUUUCCCUGUGGAGCGUCCAUCUUUUUCUAUAGAGAGCCUCCGGAGACGGGCAGAAAAUUCAAAGAUGGAUGGCCCAUCUUCCAAGGAGCUAAAGGCCCAGCAGGAGCCCAUGUUGACCUGCGAACUGUGCGGUAAGGUGGACUUUGCCUACAUCUUUAAAAGAUCCAAGAGGUUCUGCUCCACAGUGUGUGCUAAACGCUACAACGUGGGAUGCACAAAGAGAAUGGGUCUCUUCCCGAACCGCAGAACCAGCCUGGAGAACCUGAAGAGGCGAACGUUGAAUGGGAAUUACAAAAACAGCAGCUUGGAGUCUAAAAAGAAGAUUGCUCCCUCUGCUGGUCACACUGUUCACCCUGCACACGGAGAGUCCAGUCAGUGUUCAGACCUGUCCGGCUAUAAGAGAGUCCCAUCACCCCCCCUGUCUACGACCCCUCGGGUUCCUGCGGUGCAGAACCUCGACCUCCAGCCGCACCCCCACAGCUUUGUGCACAGCGAUCCGGGUCAGUGGAACAUCCAGGACGUCUACGGGUUCAUAUCCUCCCUACCAGGCUGCCUGGAGAUUGCAGAAGAGUUCCGCUCUCAGGAGAUUGACGGACAGGCUCUGCUUCUCCUGAAGGAGGACCACCUCAUGGGAACCAUGAACAUCAAACUGGGCCCGGCGCUGAAAAUCUUCGCUCAGAUUAGCAUGCUCAAAGACUCGUAGCUCGUCUCUGUCGCUGACCGGACACAGCAGGCCUGCUCAGGAUCUUCAGAUAUCCAUCAUGACCUCAAAGACUCUCAGUGAUUCCUCGUCUCACCUCUUACAUGUUCUCACUACUUCAGGGACUAAAGGUAUUCUCUGCUGGAGACAGAUGCUGGUUUCAAGAAUCCAUGUAGAUUUGGUAAUGUGACCAUCCAGCAGGUUCACUCCUUGCUUCAGGUCAGCAGCAGUCAGAUGUCUCCACUAAAGACACCUGCUUGAUCAGAAGAUCAGGACUUUCUCUGUGCUCUGUGUGCAAAUGUACUAGCAUGACUGAUGGCUUAACCUGCACAAGUCACUUCCCUGUUAAACAGCAGAAAACUACUAAAGUAACGCUGCCUUCCAACUUGGGCUGAUAUACCAGUUAGAACCAGCAGGUGGCGGUUGGACCGUCAGUCUGGUCCCCAUGUCCCAGCCUGUGGACAUGGGCGGAAGAGAAAGAGGGUGGGGCGUUUUCUCCCGCUGUCUUGAGGUAAUGCGUUUCCAGCUGUUUGAUAAUCAUUGCUCUGUCCUGCUGUGACCUCAGACAGUAUGUGGUCAUGCUCCAUGACAACAAGUCACAGUCUGUGUUUUCUCACCGCUUUGUUAAAGUUGCAGUAUGUAACUUUUUAAAAGUUUUUUUUUUUU